CUAGUUUACAAGCAAAACGAUUUGUAGUCGUUUCGACUGUGCGUCGAAGAACAGUGUCCGGCAUUUUGUGCAGCCGUUGCGGAAUGUGAAGCCCAACGGUCCCUGAAAGUGACCGAAAUCGAAGAGAAACGUGCAAACAGCGACGUGACGAUAUGAUGUCGUCGAUGAGUGAGGUGGUGGCGCCGCCGGUGAAAACGGCCGCGCCCGCCCACGCCAACAAGAACAACCACCCGGUGAAGAACACGAACAACAACAACUCGAAGCGAAAGAACAAACACGACCGCAACGGCCGGAAACGUUCCAAAAGCUUUUCCGGCUGCGGCAUCAUCAUGAACCACAAGCCCGUCCUGCCGACGAAAUUCUUGCUGGGCGGCAACAUCAACGAUCCCCUCAAUCUGAACAGUCUGCAGGACGAGGAGAUCAAUCGGGCGAUGAACGCCGUCACCCCCAAGUCGUCGCCCAUUCCCACACCGCCCAGGAGGAAGGGCCAGAUCGACGUGAUCAUACCGGCCAACAUCCACGACCCCCUGAGUCUGAUCGACUGCGCAGACGACGCGGAGUACGAGCAGCAGUUGUCGUCGCCCGUGAAGAAGGGCAAGAAAAAGCGGCUGAAGAAGCGACGCACCAUUUCGACGACCAGCGAGGGUUUGGACGCGGAGGAAACCGAAACCUCGGCAAAGACGCCCGAGAACUCGUCGGACUCGGCCAAGAUACCGGAACUGCCGGUCGUCGAGGACGUGAAGGUCGAGACGGAAGUGCCACCCAAGCCCAAGGAUCUCAGCAUCGAAUUGUCGCCUAAGGCCAGCAAGAAAAGGAAGUCGGAAGAGCACGGGCAUCUGGCCAAGAAGUUUAAAAACUCGAUGGACAAGAUUGUCAGCCCUGUAGUGCCACAGCCUGGAGCGUGGCUGAAGAGGAUGAACUCGUGCACCCGAAGUGACAAGCCCAGGCACAACAAGCCGCUCAACGUGCAGCUGCCGCUGUUCAAGGAAAAGGACAAGCAGUUCCAAUACGGGAACUACAGCAGGUAUUACGGGUAUCGGAACCCUCAGAAGGAAGACCACCGACUCAAGGUGUUUCACCAUCAUCGUAGCAUGUUCGAGGGUAAGGAUAUCCUGGACAUUGGAUGUAACAUUGGGCACAUUACGCUGUCGGUGGCGCGAGAUCUGGGCGCACGCUCUAUCACUGGCAUCGACAUCGACAACAAGUUGAUCGGCGUCGCCCGCAAGAACAUCCGCCACUAUGUGAAGAAAGAGCGCUCGCCGAGGGCGGAAGAGGGCGGCGCCGCACCAGGCGCCCCACCCUCUGUCCCCCAAAGCCAGGCGACGGCGGCCCCCAUUGAGAGGGCGGCGGCCGGCGGCGCAAGUAGUGAGUUUUUUCCUAUUUCUAUGCCUAUAUUAUAUGGGCCAAUUGACAUUCCAGGCUUUGGGGAAGACGCGCAAAGGGCGAGGGGCUUCCCCAACAAUGUCACUUUCAAGCAGUGCAACUACGUAUUGGAGGACGACGCACUCGUGGCCCUAGAACAGCCCCAAUUCGACUUGAUCCUUUGCCUCAGCAUCACGAAAUGGAUCCACCUGAACUGGGGCGACGCUGGCAUAAAACAGGCCUUCCGACGGAUGUACGCCCAACUGCGACCCGGAGGCAAGCUCAUCCUAGAACCACAGAACUGGUCUAGCUACAAGAGCAAGAAGAAGUUGACGCCAACAAUAUUCAACAAUUACAACUCGAUCGAGUUCUUCCCGGAGAAGUUUACGGAGUAUCUUCUAUCGCCAGCCGUCGGCUUUGCGAAGAGCGAACUUUUAGGUUUUCCAAUACACCAGUCGAAAGGAUUUCGGAGGCCUUUGCAGGUGUACACGAAGAGCACUAUGUUUCCCAGUGAAAGAGUGGAGGCGACGCCGAGGAACGCAACUCCUUACGUUUAUGACGACUCUCUCUAUCAGAACUUAAUGAAGACUGAAAAAUCCGAAUCUCAAAGUAACGUGCCCGUCGAUUCCGUGGAGCACGUGUAUACGAGUAUAUUGGACCGGUAUUGCGGAUGCUCUGAGGAUAAUAAUAAGAUCAACGACGAGAUUGGUGAGAGUUUGAACAGAUUAGCGGAGGAAGGUGCUUCUAGUCAAAACGAGAAGACUGAGGAGUCUAAGGGCAGUACGCCGCAGAGUUCUCAAGAAAUUUUUAUGAACGGUGUUUGUGAUAAUAGUCAGGAAGCCACUAAGCCGGCCGAAGCGCCGGAUGACAGUGAAAAGAUGGACGAUAAUACUUAAGUUUUGUAACUGUACUUGAAUUUUUUAUUAAUUUUUUUUUGUAAAUAUUGUUAUUGCUCUGAUUGAUCUUUUUGCUUAUUUGUAAAUAGGAGAUGUAUUCAUACAUUGAUUGAAAUUUGUUUCUGGUUUCCACGCAUUUUUAGCAUUCACAAGUCCAUUUAAUAGGUUCUUAUUUAAUAGUCAUAAAAAUGCAAAUUGUUCUCGAGGAUCAAGCUUUAAAUUACACAGGUUUCUUUUUGCUUUACAUACACAUUUAUGUAGGUUUAUAUACGUGUUAAUAAAAAUGGACAAGAUCUAUUUUA